UGGCGGUCAGACGCUUACCCCGUUUGGCCAUCUCGUCGUCCUCUCACCUGCUCGAUAGAUCACGUGAUCAUCAUUCACCUCCUCCGCCUCCCCCGCUUUGCUCGCCUGCCCAGCUACAGCCUACAGGCUACAGCACCCUGAAGCUCGCCGGCGCCGACGCAAGGUUGGUUGGUUGGUUGGCGGCGGGGGCGGCGGCGGUCUGCCCAUGGCUUCCGGCGAGGCUCCUGAUGGGCGGAUUCGCGAGGCAGGGGGUUCCCGGAGGAGCGACCGGAGCAGCAGCGAUACCCUGCGUCGGCGUCACGCAGCUGGAGCAGUCACCAAGCGCGUGAAGGACGAAGUGCCGGACCCCUCGGAGCCGCCGCCGGCCGCGGCGCCUCGCCCUGUCCAGAGCAGAGAGGAGCAGUUCGUGUGGCCGUGGAUGGGCGUGCGGAGAGGCGGACGACAGAUCGGGGAGAGCGGGAACCGGCUCAAGGAGCGGCUCGCCGCCUUCUGCCCGCACAAGGUCGUGCCUUUGUGGAGCCACAGAGGCCACACCGGGAACGCCAUCGUCGAGUUCGGGAAGGACUACGCCUCUCUCGGCCACGCCUUCAGCUUCGAGAACCACUUCGAGGCGCAGGGCCACGGCAAACGGGGCUGGGAGGCGAGCAGGUACCGAGGUGCGCCGGAGAUGUUUGGGUGGGUUGCGAGGGCCGACGAUCGACGAACGCCGGGGCUCGUCGGGGAGUACCUGCAGAGGAACGGCGAUCUGAAGUCUGUUGCAGAGCUUGAGAGCGAGGGGACGCGCAAGACUGACAAGCUGGUGGCCAAUUUGGCCGGCCAGAUUGAGGUGAAGGCCAAGCAUGCCCAAGAGCUCGAAUCCAAGUACAGUGAGAGGACUACAUCAAUGGACAACGUGAUGGAAGUGAAGGAGCUCAUUCUCCAGAGAUACAACCAUGAAAUCCACAAGAUGCAGCAACUUGCUCGUCGGCACUCGCAGAGGAUCAUCGAUGAGAAUCAGAAGGUCCGUUCGGAGCUGGAUUCCAAGAUGCAGGUUCUUGAAUUCAAAUCCAAGCAGGUCGAUGAGCUUGCUGUGCGUAGCGAAUCUGACAUAAGGAAUCUUGAGAAGGAGAAGGAAAAGAACAUGAUCAAAGCAAAAUUUCUCAAGAUGGCAACAUUGGAGCAACAGAAGGCCGACGAAAAUGUCCUGAGGCUUGUGGAGAAACACAAGAGGGAGAAAGAAGCUGCUGUAGAUGAGAUUAUCAAGUUAGAGCAGAAACUGGAUGCCAGACAGAAGCUUGAGUUAAAAAUAAGACAGCUGCAGGGAAAAUUGAAUGUUAUGAAGCAUAUGCCAGGUGAGGAAGACUUUGAAUCAAAGAGGAAAAUUGAUCAACUUAGCGAGGAGCUGCAGGAGAAGUAUGAUGAAAUAAAUGAGAUGGAAUCACUCCACGGGGCUCUGCUUAUGAAGGAAAGGAUGAGCAACGAUGAGUUGCAAGAUGCUCGGAUGAAGCUAAUAGAUGGCUUGUUGGAUAUCACAACUGGCCGAGCAAAUAUAGGCAUUAAAAGAAUGGGUGAUCUUGAUCUGAAAUCAUUCACGAUUGCCUGCAAACGUAAAAUGGCAAAAGAAGAUGCAGAAGUUACUGCUUCCAUUCUUUGUUCAAAGUGGGAGGAUGAGAUUAGAAAUCCAGAAUGGCACCCGUUUAAAGUUGUCAUGGAUGGCGGCAAAGCGAAGGGAGGGAUGCCUAACAAUGGUUAUGCCCCUUUCUGGAUCGGGGCAGUUCGUCGCAAAUCUCAGAAAAUGGGGAAAAGUGCAGCAGGCGUGAACCAUGGCAUAUUCCCAUAAGAGGAACUGCAUGUGUUUUGAUUUCUUUCACAGGCAAGCCGCUGGCUUAUAGCUCAGCUGAAAACGGCGAGAAGGUAAACAGUAAGAUGCGGUGAAAUGGAACAGUAAUAACUGUGAAUAACGCCUCAGUGGUAUAGGGGAGCGAAUCGAGCCGCUGGAUCCUGCCGCGAUCUACGAUCUGGGCCGUCCGUUAACUGAAGUUUUUACAACACUGCUAACUGAAGGUGAUGCCGAGGCUCUGCAACAGAGUAUGGUCUGACAAUGCACCCUUUGCAGCUUUGCUGCUAUGCUAACUAUUCGAUUCGCCAAGGUCCAGCUCGGACGCUGAGCCUGUUGGUUAACUCGGAUCAGGCGGACCCACCAUCUCGCCAAGUCUGUUGCUUGCCGCCGCCAUUGCUGGGAAACUGUCUCGCCAAUCCGAGAAAGUUGCUGAACUAGUCCAUGCACGCACGCACGCACGCGCGUACAAAAGCUCUAAAUAGGGGUUGAAUUUACUUGCUUAUAAAAUCAUAGCGAACUUUUCAUGGACGUCGUCAAAGGAUUUUUCAUGCAUAGGAAUGAUCUCGCGCUUCCAGCUGUGUGCAAAUCGUUGAA